AUGCAAAACGAAAGCUUCUUCAAGUUGCUACGAGAACCACCUUAUUUCUUGCUGCAUGAUCAAACUAUGCGCCUAUCGCCACACGUCCUCCGUCCCUGGCUUUACUUUGACACUCAAUUCUUCCCAUACUCACCACCGGCCGGUCUGCAACGACCCAAACGCAAACUGAUUCUCACCGAUUUGGCAUGGAACCAUCCAGAUCAAACAUGGGCAUUAUCCAAGUUCCCACGGAGUCUACGAAUGCGAGAACUCCUCCAGGCGUAUAUCGAUCACCCUGACUUUGAUCCAACUUUUUCGUGGACUCGCCACCUCCAGAGAAAAGUGGACAUUGAUCCUUCCGUGGAGUAUGUGGUCUUGUUGGAUAUCGAAACCUGUUUUGAAAUCAACUAUCCCAAAUAUGGCGCCAAUUUACCCACGAGCUCUGACCCUUUAGGAGGCAGACUGCUCGAUGCUGCCGGAGAUCACCCGUGCUUUCACUUUGGCAGCUGCAAGGACUAUAUCAAACGUGUGCUUCAAGCACCACUCUUUCAGCAACACAAUAAUACAACCAGCACACUUGUGUAUAUCGAUUGCAAAUCCGAUGGUCCUGAAACUCGAGUUCGAAAAGAGCUUUUCAAUUCCACCACCCAACUCUCCGUUGUGUCUCUUGAUGCUGACAUUGACCAGUUGGUGGCGGAUGCGGACAUGGGGCUGCCUCCGCCGACUGUCAAGCCAAUCAUUCUCACGAAUCCAGCCCGGGAAGCAAUACGCAAUAGCUGCCAAGCAGAAUCUCACAGACCUUACUUUCUUACAUUUGUGGGGAGUGGGGGCCGUGGUCCUCGAAAAGAACUGUUCAAGCUGCACAAUGGAAACGAUGUGAUCUUGAUGGAAGCUCAUGAGUUUCGGGAGCAAACGAAUGAAACAUUUGCCUCGUUGCUACAAAAGUCAGUGUUUGCGGCAACACCCCGUGGGGAUAAUCGCUAUUCCUACCGAUUCACCGAAGUGCUGAGCGCUGGUGGUAUUCCAGUGGUGCAUUCCGAUGGAUGGGUCUUGCCCUUCAAUCCCAAAUUGGUGGAUUGGACCAAGUGUGCUGUGGUCAUUCCCGAGGCUCGGUUCAAUGAGACGUUGGACAUUCUUCACAGGAUACCACGCAAUAAACGUUGUCAGAUGCGUAGGUAUUGCUACGAAAUCUACCAAAACUACAUGGUGAAUGCAGAAGCAAACAUUGCUGGUAUUUUGGAUACACUGGAUGCUCUGCAUGGCACAAAGUAA